UGAUUUCGUUAGAUAUUUGUUCAUUGUUCACAAAUGUACCACUAGUAGACACUAUCUGCUAUCUAUGCGAGUAUAUUGAAUCAAAUAACAUGAACAUUGGCUUACCAACUGAUUAUCUUAAACAACUACUAUUGAGAUGCACACUGAAUGUGCAAUUUAGAUUUAAUGAUGUCAUCUACAACCAAAGAGAUGGAGUCGCCAUGGGGUCUCCUUUAGGACCGCUCUUAGCGGACGUUUUCAUGGCUAGCUUAGAGAAUGGCCCACUAAAGGAAACCAUUGAUAGUCUGUUUAUGUAUAAAAGAUAUGUUGAUGAUACCUUCAUUGUAUGUGAUGAAAACACUUCAACUGCCGAACUUCUUAGAAUAUUUAAUGGUUCUCACCCAUGUUUGCUUUUCACGAUCGAAGAGGAGUCGGAUUCUUCGUUUCACUUUCUUGAUGUUAAGCUAGAUAGAAGAGAGAAUGGAACGCUUCUUAGGUCGAUUUACCGAAAGCCAACAUUCACUGGGCAGUACACUAACUUCAACAGUUGGGUACCUUUAGGGAGAAAGAGAAAUCUUAUUCACUCCUUAUGCUCCAGAAUUCGUAAGAUCUGCUCUCCAGAGACAAUCGAUAGGGAACUAGACAACCUUCGAUCAAAUCUCCUUAAUAAUGGUUAUCCCAAAAGGUUCAUUGAACGUAACAUCAAGAAAGAAUCCACCCCGAGACAAGUCACAGUACCAAAGAAAAAACUGUUUAUCAGUCUUGCAUUCAAAGGUGACACCAUUUCAGAAUUGAUUAAAAAUCGUUUAUCUAAAUGUAUUAAACGUACUUUUCCUGCAGCUGACUUGCAUCUAGUUUUUACCAGCCGAAAUAUGAUUAGACAAUGCGUCAAGGAUAGAUUACCGCUUUUGUCCACAUCUAUGUGCAUUUACUCUUUUACUUGCUCUUGUGGAGCUGUUUAUAUUGGACGUUGUAAGCGUAAUCUCUGAAAACGUGUAGCUGAACACUAUCCGGUUUGGUUAAUGAAAGGCGAACGUAGAACUGCAAAGUCGUCUAUCUGUGAUCACCUGUUAGAGUCUGGUCAUUUAGCCCCACGUGAUUCAUCCUUCAAAGUUAUAUACAUGGCAAAAUCCAAUCGAUCCAAAAGUUUACGUUUUCUGCACUUAUGCAUAGCCGAAGCUUUAGCUAUACAUGAACAGAAACCUAAAUUAUGUGUUCAAAAGCGUUUUGUCAAACCCCUUUCUUUACCUUGGUCAUAAUAAUUUUCUUUCUAGUUUUUAUUUUAUUUUACCACUUGAAUUCUUUCCACUUCACUUCACAUCUUCAUUCUUAUCGUAAUCGUACUCCUAAUUUUCAUAAUUUGUUAGACAACACUUGACAUUUUUGUUAUAGAAUAAUCUUUCAUAUGUUUGUAAUUUAUCCACUUCAACUCUACCCCUUAUAACUUUUAUCACAUAUAUACGUACAUUGACUGAGCAAUUAUUUAGUGCCACUUAAUAACCUUUUUCUGUAAUAUAAAUACGACUGUACAGCUUGAAAAUGAAGUCGUUGAAAA